AUGAGGCGUGUUAUAGAUGAGGGACCUUGGGCGUUUGAGAAUGCGACGCUACUAUGCCAAGUCCUGAACGAUGGUGAAGAUCCACUGCAGGUUAGUCUAAAUUCUGUGGACUUAUGGGUUCAGGUUUCGGAUAUCCCCCUGGGAUACCGCACGGUGAAGGUUUUGGAGAGAAUCGGGAACUAUGUUGGGGAGAGGCGGCGUGAGAUUGGCUAUGGGGGUGAGGGCGGGAGAUUGGCGGUGGGAGUCGGGGUUGGAGGGGAUGGGAAGUCUCGGGUGGAGGUUGGUAGGGCUGCGGUAUCUGGGAUGGAGUCGGGAAUUGAGGGUGUGGGUGGGAUGGGCGGUGAGGGAGUUGCUAGAGAGGGGGAGGGAGUUCGGGUGGAUCCGAAAAGACGAAGGACGGAUGUCGGGGAGGUGAGUGCUUUGAAUGGGAAUAUGGUUGUUGAUUCUGAUUCUUUGUUGAUGGCGGGACCUGUAGAACAGAAACCAAGUUCUGGUUUGAGUGGUGGUUUGGCUCUAUUGUGGAGAGCGAAUAAUACAGCAAGAUUGAUGAGUUAUUCCACAAACUAUGUGGAUGUUGAAGUGAGUAUACCGGGGUUUGAAAAAUGGAGAAUGACGGGUUUUUAUGGAUUUUCACAGAGGGGUCAACGGAGAGACUCUUGGGACCUUAUUCGUACUUUAGCUGGCAGAUCAGAUCUACCAUGGGUGAUGAUUGGAGACUUUAAUGACUUACUAUUUCAAUCUGAGAAGCGAGGUGGAAACCCUCAUCCUGAGAGUUUAUUGCAUGGGUUUGGUGAGACUAUAGAGGAGUGUGGUUUAGCGCAGAUGCCAAUGACGGGAUAUCCGUUUACUUGGGAAAAACGGAAGGGCACACCGAAUUGGAUAGAGGAAAGGUUAGACAAAGUUUUGGCUAACCAGAGUUGGCGUGAGAACGUGCCGGAUGCUAGUGUGCAGAAUAUAUUAACCCGACAGUCGGAUCAUUCUGCUCUUUUCCUUGGGAUUCUGAAUCUUCGGGAAAGGACGGGUGGUUUGAAAAGAGGGUUUCGUUUUGAGAUGGCAUGGCUGCAUGACGAAGGAUGUAGAGAUGUGGUGGAGAAGGCAUGGAAUGAAGGUGGAGGAAGGGGGUUGCAGGAGUGUAUCUCUCUUUGUGGAAAUCGUUUAACGCGCUGGGGAGGAGAGCGUUUUCAUAAGUUUGGUGAACGAAUGAGGAACUUACGGAAGGAGCAAUUACAUCUGAGGGGGUGUAAUGACCCAGUCUCAUUAGCUGAGUUCCAACGAUUAGAGGAGUGCCUGAGUUGUAUUGAAGCCCAGGAAGAUACAUACUGGAGGCAGAGAGCCAAACAGCAUUGGCUUAAGAACGCGGAUGCUAACACGAAAUAUUACCACAGGUAUGCAUCUCAUCGCAAGAAAAAGAAUACUAUUGUUAAAAUUAUGAAUGAUAGUGGGGAUUGGGUUGAGGGUGAAGCCAUGAGGAAUAUUAUCUUCAACUAUUAUAAGAAUAUCUUUACCUCUGGUUCUCCAAGUAAUAAUGGGGAAUUCUUUGGAAAUAUAGGCUCUCGUGUAACACAGGUACAGAAUGAGUUGCUCUUGCGGCCCUUUGAUGCUAGUGAGAAAUCCCCUGAGGUGGUCUCAGAUUAUAAACCGAUAGCGCUGAGUAAUGUGAUAUACAGGAUUAUGGCUAAGGUUAUAGCUGCCAGAAUGAAACCACUUAUGGGGGAUAUUAUAUCUGACACCCAAAGCGCUUUUAUAUCUGACAGAUUAAUAACAGAUAAUAUUUUGAUUGCUGCCGAGGUUGGCCAUUUUUUGAACAGAAAACAAUGUGGAAUCACAGGAUGGGGGGCUUUGAAACUGGAUAUGGCGAAAGCCUAUUAUCGGAUGGAAUGGCCCUUCUUACGUAAUAUGAUGCUAGCAUUGGGUUUUGAUGAAAGGUGGGUGGAGUUGAUAAUGCUAUGUGUAACCUCAGUCUCAUAUAGUAUACAGGUUGGUGGGACACGAAGUGAGCAGAUCAGUCCAACUCGAGGAUUGAGGCAGGGUGAUCCUCUAUCACCCUAUCUCUUUAUUAUUUGUGCUGAGGGACUUUCAUUGCUGUUACAACAGGCACAGUCGAGGGGAGAUCUACAUGGUUGCAUAGUAGCUAGGGGAGCCCCCCAUGAAUCCCACCUAUUUUUUGCAGAUGACAGUUUACUCUUUUUUAGAGCAACUGCACAGGAGGCUGGUGUGGUAAAACAGUGUUUAUCGGUGUAUGAGGAAAUGUCUGGGCAAGCAGUGAAUUAUUAUAAAUCAAGUAUUUGCUAUAGUAAGAACACGCGGGAUGAUGACAGAGAGGAGGUUGCCAGUAUCUUGGGAGUGGUGCAGGCUCCGAAUUUUGGGAAGUAUUUAGGACUUCCAUCAUUUGUGAGCAGGAAUAAGAGAGCAGUUUUCUCAUAUAUUGAUGACAAGAUUAGACAACGAAUUGGGUCAUGGAAUAAGAAGUUGCUUUCACAGGUAGGUAAGGAGGUCAAUUUGAAAAGUGUGGCACAAUCUAUGCCCACCUUUUCUAUGAGUGUCUUUUUAUUACCUAUGAAUAUUUGCACAGCUAUUGAGAGAACUAUGAAUCGUUACUGGUGGAGAUCUAAAGAUGACCAGGGUAUCCAUUGGAAGGCAUGGGAUAAAUUAUGUAUCCCUAAGAAAUAUGGGGGAUUGGGCUUUAAGGAAUUGCAUGCCUUUAAUUUAGCUAUGUUGGGGAAACAGGCCUGGCGUUUACUCACGAAACCUGAAUCGCUGGUAUCCAGAAUAUUUAAAGCCAGGUACUAUCCAAAAGGGUCAUUCUUUGAUGCUUGUAUAGGGAAUAACCCAAGUUUCUGCUGGCGUAGUAUUAUGGCUGCACAAGAACUAAUUUGUGGAGGAGUUAGGCGCAGGAUUGGGGAUGGAAAGGCAACUCUUAUAUGGGAUCAUCCAUGGCUUCAGGAUGAGAAUAAUGCGAAGAUAAUAACUGAAAAACCACCACACUUGGCGCAGGCAACUGUUAUGGGGUUAAUGGAUCAGGAAACGGAUUCAUGGGAUCAUGACAUUUUAACUGAUAUUUUUAUUCCGGAGGAUGUGACACGAAUAUUGAAAAUACCUGUGUCACCGGAUUAUGAGGAUAUGUGGUAUUGA